AUGUAUUCAUGGCUUUCGUCACUCUUGAACGUGUCAUCGGGUCGUACCUUUGAUCGGGCUUCCAUCCAACGCUGGCUCGAUGCCGGCCACCGUACCUGCCCAAUUUCCAAACUGCCCCUUCUCGAUCACCCUUCCCUCAUCCACAACCACGCCCUCCGCAGCUUGAUUUCCACUUAUACCCUUCUGUCCCCUGCCAACUUACAACACCAGUACCACCACCACCAAUACGUACCAUCACCACCGCCAGCAACGCCACUCCCACUCCUAGCCCCAAACCCCAAUCUCGACGCUUACCUCCCCAGCUUCCACCCUCGAGUCCAAGCUCGACUCGCCUCUCCAAGUGCUCUUCCACGCCAAGCUCACCAAGUCCGACACCGUCUCCGCCGUCCUCAAGUGGGUCGACUCGUAAGAGAUGUCAGCUUGGACGACGACAACAAAAUGGGUCUUGUUGCCAAGGGUGCAAUCGCUCGAAUCGUGGAAGUUCUCCAAGGUGGGUCCCCCAACAGCCGCGCCGUGGCGGCGACGAUGCUGACAAGCUUGGCCGUGGUAGAGGUCAACAAGGGCACAAUCGGGCCAUACCCGUAUGCAAUUCGGGCUCUGGUUUGGCUCCUCAGGGUCGGCAAGAGUCGAGAGCAGAAAACGGUUUGAUUUAGUUUGAAACGGUUUAAUUUAGUUUAAUUAGUUUAUCUGUUUUAAUUAGUGAACUUGGGUUUGGGGGAAUAAAACGGUCUCCACGGUCCUCCUUCGUUCCACUUUCAUCACCAAUUACUUUGAGAGAAAUUCAGCUAAGAAUUUUCCAGUAAGGUUUUGUGACUCAAAGGAUUAUCUGUACAUGGUAACGCCGCACCAUUCUCAUUGUGCACGUUAACAAUACAGCAUUCGCCGCCAAGAAAGGUAUGAAGCUUCCAGUUCUCUGUUUUCCUUUCUUUUCCGACUCUGAAUUCAGUUUCGCUACUGCAUUCACUUCGACAUUCCUUCUUAUUUGUAGUUUCCGGAAUAGAAGAGGGUUCUUGACAGUGAAGAAGCUGAUGAACUUGAGUCAAGAAGGAAGAACUGGGUUGAAUUUGUAAGCAGAAUUCUUGAAGUUUCGUUAUUUAAACUUUUUAUCCAUGUUUCCUUCUCCAUUGAUCGCUUUCUGCUUAUAUUUAUAUAUUCAGACGAGAAAAAUGUCAAAGAACCCGAGGAUGAAGUUGUUUCGUAAAUCUGGGUCUGUGGAAAACUAGAUGGUUGAUCAUCCAGAUGAUCAUAAUCUCCUGAAAGUACUCAAUUCAGAAAGGAUGAAGGCAAAAUGGGAUGGUGUUGUCCCGACUAUGGUUUUGUUGGAAGAAAAUGGCUGAAAAUGUACUUUUAUUGGCAAACAGUACAGCUUCGACCAUUUUCUUCCAACUGUGAUGAAACCGUAGUCGGGCCAACACCAUCCCAUUUUGCCUUCAUCCUUUCUAAAUCGAGCACUUUCAGGAGAUUAUGAUCAUCCGGAUGAUCAACCAUCUGGUUUUCCACAGACCCAGAUUUACGAAACAAAUUCAUCCUCGGGUUCUUUGACAUUUUUCUUGUCUGAAAAUACAAAUAUAAGCAGAAAGCGAUUCAAUGGAAGAGGAAACAUGGAUAAAAAGUUUAAGGAACAAAACUUCAAGAAUUCUACUUAUAAAUUCAACCCAGUUCUUCCUGCUUGACUUAAGUUCAUCAACUUCUAUGCUGUCAAGAACCCUCUUCUCUUCCGGAAACUACAAAUGGGAAGAAAUGUCGAAGUGAAUUCAGUAGCGGAAACUGAAUUUGGAGCCAGAAAAGAAAGGAAAAUAGAGAAUGGGAGAAGGAUAAAAAGUUUCAUACCGUUCUUGGCAGUAUGAAGCUUUUCAUCCUCCUCCCAUUCUCUGUUUUCAUCCUUCAUUAAACACUUGCCUAGUACCAUCAGAACUGGGCAAUCUGUAUUUAAGGUAAUUCUUUAUUUAUUUUUAUAAGUUAAUUUUUGAACGAACACUUCUGUAAACAUGUAGCGUAUUUUUGUAUACAGAAAGAACCAAAGGCCGAGGAAGCAGUGGAAGAUGACGAUGCUGAAGGAGAUCACUAACCAGGUUUUCGGUAUUGAAACUUCUACUUCGGUAUGUCAACGUUGGGUUGGAAAUUGCUAGGAAGCCAUUAAUUCAGGAGGUGGGAAUGUUGUUCUGCAAAACUCUACUGGAUGGAUCAGAAGUGGUGUGAACAGAGACACAUGAAUAGAAACUUAAUCUAUUCACUAUGGUAUUGUACCUCAUGUAAUGUACAUAUACAACCUAUAUAUUUUUUGGCCCACGCUUUUUUAUUUAUAUCAUUUCAUUCCUCAUGUAAUAAUGUACAUAUGCAACCUAUAUAUUUUUUGGCCCACUCUUUUUUA